CGUUUACAUUUUUCCGUGAACCACUGAACCAUACCUCUUCAUCCUUCGACAGUUCUUCAAGCAAGGCGAGCGAGGGCGAGGGCGAGAGAGGCCAUGGAAGCUGCAAUUUGCGGUCGAGUAUCUCUUUCACCCAACCAUUUCUUCAGCUCAACCAAGCCAGGGGAUAAAUACUAUUUUCAUAAACAAUGUAGAAACCGGAGCGUCUUAAUGAUGUUAUCAGUUGCCGAGCUUGGAAAAGGUGGGGGGUUGUUGGAAAAGCCAACAAUAGAGAAGACAACGCCUGGUCGUGAAUCUGAGUUUGAUGUUAGGAAAUUAAGGAAAACUUCUCCGCCUUAUCGAGUGUUGCUACAUAACGACAAUUACAACAAGCGGGAAUACGUUGUCCAAGUUCUGAUGAAGGUGAUCCCUGGAAUGACCCUUGACAAUGCAGUCAACAUAAUGCAGGAGGCACAUUACAAUGGGAUGGCAGUGGUAAUUAUCUGCGCACAAGUGGACGCAGAAGAUCACUGCAUGCAGCUGAGAGGCAAUGGUCUUCUAAGUUCAAUCGAGCCUGCAAGUGAUGGUUGUUGAAUAGGAAACACAGAUUAUUGUUGCAGGGCUGAAAGAGAGAUGAAUCGGGUGCACCAACUCUUGCAGGACUCAACUUGGACUGCCAUUGAAUUACUGCAACAGCUGCAGGUAGGUCCAAUAUCCAACCCAUACUGCUAUUAUUUCUUUCCUUAUUUAUUAUAACAUGACAAAUUAACUUCGAAGUAUGUUAAGAAAAAUCCUGGACUUUUCUAUCUAGAAGUAGGUGAACUAAGGUACCAGAGUAUUUCCAUUGUAUUUAUCGUUCCUUUUAAAAGAUUGUUUUCUUUGGUUGGUGA